CGGCGGCGGCGGCGGCGCUUCCGCCUGGCGGGCCUCGGCCCAGUGCGCGCGGCCCCACGAUGUGGCUGGGCCCGGAGGAGGUGCUGGUGGCCAACGCGCUGUGGGUGACGGAGCGGGCCAACCCCUUCUUCGUGCUGCAGCGGCGCCGGGGCCACGGGAAGGGCGGCGGCCUCACUGGUCUUCUCGUGGGCACCCUGGAUGUGGUGCUGGACUCCAGCGCCCGGGCGGCCCCUUACCGCAUCCUGCACCAGGCCCAGGACUCCCAGGUCUACUGGACAGUGGCGUGUGGUUCUUCCCGCAAAGAGAUCACGAAGCACUGGGAAUGGCUGGAAAAUAACUUACUCCAGACACUGUCCAUCUUUGACAAUGAGGAAGAUAUCACCACCUUCGUCAAGGGCAAGAUACACGGAAUCAUUGCGGAAGAGAACAAGAACCUGCAGCCGCAGGGAGACGAGGACCCUGGGAAAUUCAAGGAGGCGGAGCUGAAGAUGCGGAAGCAGUUCGGGAUGCCCGAGGGGGAGAAGCUGGUCAACUACUACUCCUGCAGCUACUGGAAGGGCCGCGUGCCCCGGCAGGGCUGGCUCUACCUCACCGUCAACCACCUGUGCUUCUACUCCUUCCUGCUGGGCAAGGAGGUGAGCCUGGUGGUGCAGUGGGUGGACGUCACUCGGCUGGAGAAGAACGCCACGCUCCUCUUCCCUGAGAGCAUCCGCGUGGACACCCGGGACCAGGAGCUCUUCUUCUCCAUGUUCCUCAACAUCGGCGAGACGUUCAAGCUCAUGGAGCAACUAGCCAACCUGGCCAUGCGGCAGCUGCUGGACAGCGAGGGCUUCCUGGAGGACAAGGCGCCGCCCAGGCCCCCCCAGCCACACAGGAACAUCUCGGCUCUGAAGCGAGACUUGGACGCUCGAGCCAAGAACGAGUGCUACUGCGCCACGUUCCGGCUGCCCAGGGACGAGCGCCUGGACGGCCACACGGGCUGCACCCUGUGGACCCCCUUCAACAAGCUGCACAUCCCCGGCCAGAUGUUCAUCUCCAGCAACUACAUCUGCUUCGCCAGCAAGGAGGAGGACGCCUGCCACCUCAUCAUACCCCUGCGUGAGGUUACCAUUGUUGAAAAAGCUGACAGCUCCAGUGUCCUGCCCAGUCCUCUGUCCAUCAGCACCAAGAGCAAAAUGACCUUCCUGUUCGCCAACCUGAAAGACCGCGACUUCUUGGUUCAGAGGAUCUCUGACUUCCUCCAGAAAACGCCCUCCAAGCAGCUGGGCAGCAGCAGAGCUGGGAGAAAAGCCAGCGCCGUGGACCCGGCCCUAGAGUCUCCCCCAGCUUCUCAGGAUGUGUCAGAGCAGCCCGCCAGCCCGACCUCUCCCCUCGAUGGCCACCAGAGCUCCCGCGCACAGGAUGCUCCAACCGCUUCCCAGGGCCUGCUCAAACUCUUCCAGAGAAACGCGCCCGUGGAGGACCUGGGAGCCAAGGGGGCCAAGGAGAAGAUGAAGGAGGAGUCUUGGAACAUCCACUUCUUUGAGUACGGGCGCGGCAUGUGCAUGUACCGCACGGCCAGGACACGGGAGCUGGUGCUGAAGGGCAUCCCCGAGAGCCUCCGCGGGGAGCUGUGGCUCCUCUUCUCUGGGGCCUGGAACGAGAUGGUGACUCACCCCGGCUACUACGCUGAGCUGGUGGAGAAGUCCACGGGGAAGUACAGCCUGGCCACGGAGGAGAUCGAGCGGGACCUGCACCGCUCCAUGCCUGAGCACCCCGCCUUCCAGAACGAGCUCGGGAUCGCCGCGCUCCGGCGGGUGCUGACUGCCUACGCAUUCCGAAACCCCACCAUCGGCUACUGCCAGGCCAUGAACAUCGUCACCUCGGUGCUCCUGCUCUAUGGCAGCGAGGAGGAGGCCUUCUGGCUGCUGGUGGCCCUCUGUGAGCGGAUGCUGCCCGACUACUACAACACCAGGGUGGUGGGGGCCCUGGUGGACCAAGGCAUCUUUGAAGAGCUCACAAGAGACUUUCUGCCCCAGCUCUCCGAGAAGAUGCAGGACCUGGGGGUGAUUUCCAGCAUCUCACUCUCCUGGUUCCUGACCCUCUUCCUCAGUGUCAUGCCCUUCGAGAGUGCCGUGGUCAUUGUUGACUGCUUCUUCUACGAGGGCAUCAAGGUGAUCCUGCAGGUGGCCUUGGCUGUCCUGGAUGCCAACAUGGAGCAGCUGCUGGGCUGCAGCGACGAGGGCGAGGCCAUGACCGUUCUGGGCAGAUACCUGGACAACGUUGUCAACAAGCAGAGUGUUUCUCCCCCUAUCCCACACCUCCAUGCCCUGCUGACCAGUGGCGAUGCCCCUCCUGAAGAGGUGGACAUCUUCGACCUCCUGAAGGUGUCGUAUGAGAAAUUCAGCAGCCUGAGAGCCGAGGACAUUGAGCAGAUGCGGUUUAAGCAGAGGCUGAAGGUGAUCCAGUCCUUGGAGGAUACGGCCAAGAGGAGCGUGGUCCGAGCUAUACCUGGAGACAUUGGUUUCUCAAUUGAAGAGCUGGAGGACCUUUACAUGGUGUUUAAGGCCAAGCACCUGGCGAGCCAGUACUGGGGACGCAGCCGCCCAACAGCGGCGCGUCGGGACCCCAGCCUGCCCUACCUGGAGCAGUACCGCAUUGACGCAAACCAGUUCCGGGAGCUCUUCGCCAGCCUGACGCCCUGGGCCUGCGGCUCCCACACAGCCGUGCUGGCGGGGCGCAUGUUUCGGCUCCUGGACGAAAAUAAGGACUCGCUGAUCAACUUCAAGGAGUUCGUGACAGGGAUGAGUGGCAUGUACCACGGGGACCUGACAGAGAAGCUCAAGGUGCUCUACAAACUGCACUUGCCUCCAGCCCUGAGCCCAGAGGAGGCCGAGUCAGCCCUGGAAGCAACCCAUUAUUUCACUGAGGACAGCUCCUCAGAAGCAUCUCUUCUGGCCUCCGAUCUGGAUCUUUUGCUGCCCUGGGAGGCUCAAGAAACACUACAGCAAGAAGAGCGAGAGGGAGCUGGCAAUGAGGAUGUCCAAGAAAAAAGAAGAGAGGAGAAAGCAUCCAGCCCUCCUGACUGUCGGCACUACCUCCGCAUGUGGGCCAAGGAGAAGGAGGCUCAGAAGGAGACGAUUAAGGAUCUUCCCAAGAUGAACCAGGAGCAGUUCAUUGAGCUGUGCAAGACGCUUUACAACAUGUUCAGUGAAGACCCCAUGGAGCAGGACUUGUACCAUGCCAUCGCCACAGUGGCCAGCCUGCUGCUCCGCAUCGGGGAGGUGGGGAAGAGGUUUACUGCACGGCCAGGCAGAAAGCCCAAGGACGAUGCCCCUGAGGAGGACCAGCCGCCAGCCCCAGACCCCCCUCAGGACACAGCCCGGGAGCUUCAGCUGCCAGCUGCAGGGGACCCCCAGGCCAAAGCAGGUGGAGACACCCACCUCGGGAAAGCACCGCAGGAGAGCCAAGUGGUGGGCGAAGGGGGCGGCGGCGAGGGGCAGGGCUCCCCCUCGCAGCCCCUGUCUGACGAUGAGACCAAAGACGACAUGUCUGUGUCCUCCUACUCGGUGGUCAGCACAGGCUCCCUGCAGUGCGAGGAUCUGGCCGACGACACAGUGCUGGUGGGCGGGGAGGCGUGCGGCCCUGUGGCCACCACCCAUUGUGGGGGUGCUGUUGACACGGACUGGUGCAUCUCCUUCGAGCAGAUCCUGGCCUCCAUCCUGACAGAGUCCGUGCUGGUGAACUUUUUUGAGAAGAGUGUAGACAUUGGACUCAAGACCAAGGACCAAAGGAAGGUGGAGAGGCAGUUCAGCACCUCCAGUGACCACGAGCUGGCCGCGGGUUUGGGCUGAGGGCCCCGAGGCCAGGGGGAUGGCCUGUCUCUCCUGUCUCCCUUUCUGUUUUCUCCAUAUGGACACACUCCUCCCGUUCUCCCCAGAAGCAGUGAGUUAUAAAUGGAAAGAAGGCUGAACAGCUGCAUUUGGGCCCAGGCAGGGGCUCCCCACCCGCUUGUCCUGCCUUGGGGCUGCCUGCCCCUGCAUAGUGCCAGGGGAUCUCUGACCUGCCACACCCCGUCCUCCACUUCCUCUCCUACAGCCACGUGCUCUGGGGGCUGUCCUGCCACUUGGCACCAGGUAGGGACGUCAUGUGCCUGUUGGGCACCAAAGUGGUGAGAACUUUGAGGUGCUCUCCAGGAGCCCCUGCGCCUGAGCUGGCUGAGGGACACCGGGGUGGGUGCCACCUGUGCCAGCAUUACACUAAACUCUGUUUCAGCUUGUCACCCUCACCAUUAACCUUAAAAGCAUAUCCCUCAGGUCCUGAUAUAUUUCCUUGUGUUCAUUUCAGUUGGCUAAAAAUCACACUGUGCUCAAUGCCUUAAUAAAUCCCUGAAAGAACUCAAAACCACACUGUGUACAGAGAAUUAAUAUGGCCCUCAACCACGGCUUCGGCCUCCUGGCUUCUCCCCAGGCAGGUAUGGGGCCCAGGCCAUGUUCCAGAGGCUCCACUCAGUCCCCCACAGGAGGUGGAGAUUCAAGACCCCCCAGGGAGGAUGGAGACAUGGAAGCGUGCAUGCAGGCUGGGCGGGGCCUACGGACCUGCACCGGCAGAGGAAGCCCCGAGCUGCGCAGCCUGGGUCCCAGGUGCAGGAGGUGUGUGCUCGGGCCUGGGCUGCAGCACACCUUUGGGUUCAGGAGGCAGACUGUGGGGACAUGUGCAGCAGGCUGAGCCAUGUGGAACCCCAAGCUUUGCAGCAGGAGCCAGUCGUCAGUGUCAGCAUUUGCACUGACAUGGGGUUGCUCUUAUUUCUACUAAAAGAUACAUCUCUGUGGCUGUUUUUUUUUUUAAUUUAAUAGCUUUAAUUGAGGCAAAACUUACAUACCAUAAAAUUCCCUUGUUUUAAGUUAUAAUUCAGUGACUUUUAGUAAACUUACAGAGUUGUGCAACCAUCACAAUUCAACUUCAGAAUAUUCCCAUCACCCCAGAAAGACACCUCUUGCCCAGUGCUGCCGACCCCUGUUCCCUCCCCCAGCUCCAGGCAGCCACUAAUCUAUUUUCUGUCUCUUUAGAUUUUAUGGAUGGUUUUUAAAGUAACAAUCUCCAUGAUUUUACCUUGUUCACAACUGCUGGGUCACAUCUCAAUAAAUGCAGCAAAACAACAUCAAGGAAA